AUGGCCACAUUCGAAUACCUCUUUCACUUUGGUACAGAGGAAGGCGAAGAGUACUUCACAAAAUGUAACUCGACUAAUCCUGACAUUGGAACCUUAGUCAACUCAUUCUUUACUCUUGAGGACUUGUUGGGGGAUAAGAACCCAAAGCAGGCGACUGUAGCCAAGCUUAAUAUCCAUUCCAAUCCCCCGUUAUGGACCAAGCCUUCGGCACACUAUCAGCACCAAACGAAACGAUCCUCGGAGAGCUUGUAUUCGUUACUUCACGCGGGUUUCGAGACAUCACAUCUGAAGAUUUAUAUCCUCGGAUACACCACCGGCAAUGACCCCUCCUGCCGCUUCUUCCAACUCCCUGAACAGUCCGGCGGCCAAUUUUUCUACGCCAAAGCAUUCGAUAAGUUCGCACCGAUAGGGCCAGUUCUUGCGAGCCCACAUAUCUACAACGCGGCAAAGGCAACGGCUACCCUGAUAACCCGGAUCAACAGAGAAGUGAAGAAAAACACUCUCAUCAGAGACGAUAUGGUCUUUUCUGCAGAGCGAAUGCUGAGUUGGAUGAGCCAAACCUGCCUCACCUCUAAUACUCGCCUCAAUGUUUGA